AUGUUUAGCAAGAUCUACGUAGACCUUUCAGAUACGGACCUGACGCCCAAGGACCCACAGUGGAUCGGUGCGUGGUGGCUAGGCCUUCUAAUACUUUCUGGCGUCACGUUCGCCUGCGCUCUGCCAUUCGCUCUGUUUCCUAAUCACCUGAGAUCGAAUGCGACAGCUCGCGAUAAGUCUAAUGAAGCGGUAGAGCACAUUGACUGUGACCUACAAGAGCACGAGAAGGGCGAGGAGAUUGCUGAGAUGAUAUACUACCAUCCGAGAGAGUUUCUACGCGCUAUGAGGCGUCUGCUCACCAACGGUCUGUACGUCUGCGUCGUGCUGGGCGUCUGCUUCCAGUUCUACAGCAUCAUUGGCUACUUCGCCUUCCUGCCGAAGUACCUCGAGUCUUACUUCGGCACGACGACGGCCGUCUCGAACAGCGUCGUGGGUAUGAUCGGCUGUGUGACUCCCAGUAUCGGGCUGCUGUUGGGCGGAUGUUUCAUGCGGCGGCGCCACCUACGUCCGCGAGGCUCCUUCAUGCUCGCCUUCGUUAGCAUCUUCAUCUACAUCGCGCUGCUCAUUCCGAUGAUGCUGCUGCCGUGCGACGACCUCACGCACGCGGGACACUUCAGUGAUGCCGGCAGCUACGAACUCUCGCAGGACUGCAACACGGACUGCGGAUGCAACGUGGAGAAAUACGCGCCGGUGUGCGCGUCGAACGGCGUCACCUACUUCUCUCCCUGCCAGGCAGGCUGCAGCGACGUCUACACACUCGGGGACGCCAAGAAUUUUACGGGCUGCUCCUGUACGCCAGAUGGCGUGGCGACUGCCGGCAAGUGUGACAGCGCGUGCACCGGCGCCAUGGUUGCGUAUUUCAUUCUCCUCGGCGUUGGUGGCCUGCUAGUCGCACCUGCUAACGUAGCCAGCUUCUCACUAAAAAUACGGUGA